AGCUUUAAAGGAAACAAAAGCCCUCAGUUCUCGGAGGCAAUCUACGAUUUCUUCGUUUAAAUAAAAACAGCCAACAUUUUUCUAUAUAUGAAAUUAGCAGUUACUGUAUUGAGUACCUCAUUUGACCGGCGGCACUCUCAGUUCACCAAUUUCCGAUUGAAAUGGAAGAAGGAGGAAUUCAGUCAAAGUAUGUGAAAUUAACAAAAGAUCAAGCACCACUUGAAGAAGACAUUAAGCCUGGAGAGCUGAAUCAACCGAUUCAUGUCCCUCAGCUAGUCGUUCACAAGUGCAACGAAUGUGGACAAGUUUUACCUGAAAGUUUUGAGCCUCCUGCGGAUGAGCCUUGGACAAGUGGGAUUUUUGGAUGUGCAGAGGACAAAGAUAGCUGCUGGACAGGACUUUUCUGCCCAUGUGUCUUGUUUGGGCGUAAUGUCGAGAGCCUGAGAGAUGAUACUCCUUGGACUACCCCUUGUGUUUGUCAUGCCAUUUUUGUUGAGGGUGGCAUUGCUCUUGCAGCUGCAACAGCUGUAUGUCAUGGUAUUGAUCCAGGUACAUCGUUCCUCAUUGGCGAAGGCUUACUAUUUGGUUGGUGGAUGUGUGGAAUAUAUACGGGUCUUUUCCGGCAGUCGCUGCAGAAGAAGUAUCAUCUCAAGAAUUCGCCCUGUGACCCUUGCCUAGCACAUUGCUGCUUGCACUGGUGUGCCUUGUGCCAGGAGCAUAGAGAGAUGAAGAAUCGUCUGUCAGAUAAUUCUGUCCUGCCGAUGACAAUAGUCAAUCCUCCACCUAUUCAGGAGAUGAAUGCUGCUGCAAGCGACAACCGCGAAUAUGUACCUUCCUCAGCAAAUAACUCCGAACAAACCAACCUCGAGAUGCAAGCUCUAUGAAAACUUCUCUAUUUAGCAUAUACUUUUCAAUUCAUUAUAUCACAUCACAGUUUAUACAGUACGUUGCUGGCACAGUCAACCUUGGAACUAAGUUAUACAGGAACCAAAAAAAUAGUCAUUGUUAAAGCACAGUUUAGGCCCUUGAAAAAUAAUGCCUCAAAAUUAUUCAAUGGUACUCUCUCGGUUUACUUUUA